CGUCGGUGUAAAUUAAUAAUUUCUUUAAAUUCCUGAAAAUCUUCAAAUUCUCAAUUUUUAUGAUAAAUUAAAUUUAUUUAUGUUUAGAAAAGGAUUUCACCUGGUGCGCGAAUCUUGCCAUAACUAUUACCGGUGACGGUAUUGUAAAUUAAGGUUAUAAAAAUGGAUUUUUCUGAGCAGUCGAGGUGGCUCCGUAAGCUUACAAUUUUCCAUCGGAGUUGUCUUGAUUUUACGGUAAAAUAUACCCUAUUUCGUUGGAUUUACUUUGCGGUUUUAUUUUUCAUCUUCUGGCUCGUAAUUAUUACCAGAGGAUCACACUACGUAGUCGCGUAUAUGUACGCCGUCUUCUUACUUAAUUUAGUUCUGAGGUUUAUUACGCCGCUCAGCUUUGAUGACUUAUGUGCAGCUCACGAGGACGCGAACAAGGGCACAAUCCUGCCCUUAAACGAACAGGAAGCCUUAAACUCGUCUAAAAUUAACAAAUCUGGCCUAAACUCCAAGGAAAAUGUCUAUGAAUUUAAGCCUUUUCUGAGACAAAUGAACGAGUUCACGUUCUGGCUCUCCGCAGUCAGAGUUACUUAUAUCGCCUGCGCUUCACUCUUUUUCGACUUUUUAGACGUUGACGUUUUUUGGCCAUUGCUGGUCCUCUACUUUGUACUCCUCUUCCUAACCACAAUGAAUCAGCAAAUCAAGAACAUGAUCAAGUACAAAUACGUCCCGUUCAACUUCUCGAAACGGUCAUAUCGUCAUGGAAAGUCACUCAAAUAAGGUUCUCUAUCGCUAUAUACACUGCAGCUUUAAUACACAGUAAUAUAAUAUAUAUCACGUACAU